AUGCUGGCUGGCCAGCACGAAGACGCCCGCGAGCUGAAGGAGAACCUGGACCGGUGAGAGCACGUGGUCUUGGACAUCCUAUGCAAUUACCUCUCGGGGGAGCAGCUUCGAGACUACCAGCAUUUCGUGAAGAUGAAAUCUGGUCUGCUCAUAGAACAGCGCGAGCUGGACGACAAGAUCAAGCUAGGGCAGGAACAGCUCAAGUGGCUUCUGGAGAGCCUCCCCACGGACUUCGUGCUUAGCAGCAGAAAGGGAGCAGAACCUCCAUCAGCCACCGGGACCAGCUGA